CCACGGCGGCCUCUAGGCAGGCGGCAACCACCGCGGCAAAACGGCUUCCCAUGCUCAUCCGAUGGGUGCUUGAGGCUGUUCCACCGCGCUUACGUCACGAGAAAACACACCUGAACCGCUCAGAGAGACCACACAAAUGCUCCCUCUGCCGGGAGGCAUUCCUCUACCCUAAAGAUCUUACCCGGCACCAAAACAAGCAUGCCCCAACACAGGGCACGCUCUAUUGCGAUGUUCCUGGAUGUACGUCCGAUGGCUUUUCGAGGCGCGACAACUUGCUUCGCCACCAAAGGAGACAGCACCCAUCGUCUGUGGCUAGCUCCUAA